CAUGUCUUGAAACUGAUCAGCCAAUGAUGGAGGAAAGGAGGAGGCCCAGUGAAGAUGCUGUCAUCGGCUGUCAACGACCGCAAAAUGACGACGAACUAAUUUCCAAACGUUUUGCUGCCGUGUAAUUAAUUGAUUUGGUUAGAUAAUGAUAAUGAUGGCGUCCCCGUGCACGGUUGAAGCCGUGCAGGAGUUCCUAAUGGAGCGAGGAGGGCGAGUCCAACAGAUGGAGCUGAUCGAUCACUUCGCGGCGAGGUGGGGUACUGGAAGUGACCCGUUAAAGGGCGAGGAGGCUUUGAGGCGCGCCGUGGACACUCUCGGUGUCGUGGAAGUGGAAAGCGGAGUGCAAUAUGUGCGUUUGAAUGAGGAUUGUAGCGCGCGCUCUGUAACGCGCUUGGAUAGAGACGGUAACGUGCACCAAACACCAAGCAACAACAAUCUCGUCAGUGGCGACUCUGACAACAAACAGCAAGCAGGAGUUUCUAGUCCACCAUCCUGCAGUAUGGAUGUCAAGCAGUCUGAACCCGCUCAGUCCAAUACUAUUUACGAAACCAGCGAGGUCAAGCUUAGAGAGAGGAGAAGACGCGAGUCGGCUCCGGUGAUCGGGGUGCCGAAUCAAGACCAUCCCGCCAGCUCCCAAAGCCAUCAUCAGGUCCGAGCGGCCCGCAGGGUGUCCAAAGGGUCCCAACGGGCAUUGCUGACCAGCUGCCUGUCUGAGGACAACACGGUGGAAGGCCUGGAGUACACUCUUGAUUUCAACACACCCAAAGGGAGCCGCAGGAACUUCAUUGAGCUGAUGAUGAAUUGUUCUCCUCAGGUUCGCCGAUCUCUCAUAAAUCGAGGUCCACGGCUUCGAGACUCCAUGAGGAGCGACGGCGACUCGGCGUCUCUCCUCUCCUCGGCCACCGACGAGGACUGCACCUCGGUGGCGCUGGACCCGAUGGAGCACGAGUGGAUGCUGUGUGCCUCGGACUGCCUGUGGGAGAGCCUUCACCCUCUCCUGGCUAUGGAGGCCGGCCUGGUAGCCAAGAAAGACUUUGUCACGGGCUUCACGUGCCUUCACUGGGCUGCCAAGCAGGGCAAGGCCGAGCUGCUCUCCCAGCUGCUGAAUUUCGCCAAGGACAACGGCGUCCACGUGAACGUCAAUGUGAGGUCCGGUGCCGGGUACACGCCACUCCACCUGGCAGCUAUACAUGGACACAUUCAGGUGAUGCGCGUCCUGAUGUCCGACUGGGAGGCGGACCCCGAGGUGAGGGAUUACAGCGGCAGGCGAGCCAUCCAGUACCUUCCUGCACCAUUGCCUGCAGACCUGCGGGACCAAGGAGUAGACCCCCCACCGCGGGCUGAGUCCGACAACGAGCACGCGGUGGUAGGUGGUGGUGUAACACGUGGCUGGAGGUUUCCCAAAGUGCUUCAGGGAAACCUGAACCCGCUCCGCCUACUCAACCAGUCAUCGGGGGCCUCCGAAGAGGCGCUCGGGAAUGGCAGGACCAAGGGGGGCAUGUUGAGGAAGUCGUCCCUGGGCCGACUGAACGCUCGGCUGCAUCGGGGGCGACACAGGGCGCAGAUUAUACACAGCGCCUCCUUUAGGGACGCAGGCGAAGUCGGAAGAGGAGAGGAGCUUCCCAGCACCCCUCAGCGAACACGGCCGCUCUCUAGCCUGUUUGGAUGAAGCCGCAAAAAAGCAGCAAAUUAUUUAUUAAGAGUUCCAUUCAUGGAUUUUUAUAAUUUUAUAAUAUCUUGAAUAGACAAGCCUUUUAAAAGUUUUAAAGUCAUAAAUAUUUUUUUUUCCAAGAAAUGAAGUUUAUUUUUAUUCCUUUUGUUCAAACCUUAACUAACUUAUUUAGGUACCUUUUUUUGCUACACAUUAUCUAAUUUAUUUAUUUUUAGACACACAGUGAACGCUUCAUUAAAUGUGUUUUUUUUUAAUGGGAGGGAAGUUUGUAAUUUCACAUUGGUGGAAGAUCACUUUAAGUCAAAAAUGGUGUUUUGGUACAUAAUAUAGCUGCACAAAGUUUUUUUCACAGAUAUGUUUUUCUAAUUAUUGACAGUUGUUUUACAGUACUUCUACGCUCUGAUACAUUUGCACUUGCCACUGUCAAGAUUUUCAGCACAAUAAUUUAAACACUACUCUGUUGUAUGACCAGACUGUUUUAUAUUUUAUAGAGGCAAUACAGCUUUCUUCCUCAAAUCUGCUCAUUAAUUGUUGAGCUGUUUUUUUUCGAAAUCUCAAGCAUGAUUGGAAACAGUGACACAUUUUGCCACUUGUUUCAUGUUGUGCCUCUUUUGACACCUGCUGAAUAAAUGCCAGUAAAUAUGACACGGGUGAGUUCAGGGACCUUUGACAACCAACGUAGCACACAUUCAAAAAUAUGCAAUCAAACAAGCGCGGUCACAUUCAAUACUUUGGAAUGCAUUUGAAUUCAACCUGGUGGAGAGUUGCAUGUACAAACGGAGUUGUUAGCUGUUUGUCAAAUGUGGAUAGAGUUUAGAAUUGUAAUGUGAUUUGUUGAAGUCUUGUCUGUUGUACAUGAGCCUUUAUUAAAAUGACCUGAUAAUUACAUUUAAACCACUGCCACAAUAUUCUUUUUGUAUUUUGUAGUACGCAUAUGGCCUUAUGUUGUUGUCAAGUAAAAAUCUGUUCUACAAGUGUACAAUGUUUACCUAAAAACUAUGAAGUUUCUAUUGGGUAAAAGCCUAUUUGUGUCUAUCCAUCCCAUCCUUAAAUGUGAA